AUGAACUCCACACCCCCUCUCACCAUUCGCUCACGGCCGGUCCUGACUCCAUUGAUACUCUCCCCAAUACCAUUCGCGCCUCCUCGCAGCAACAAUACUUGCAAGGAUUCCUCUAAUCCCGAGGCUCUGAGCGCGUCAUCCGAUCGGAUGCUCACGCCGUUCGUCCUCUCCCCGUUUUCGUGCCAAUCGAGCGCCAGCGCCUACAGCUGCGAUGGCGAUGGCGAUGGCGAUUCCUGCAGCUACAUAGAAGGCUGGGCCGAGAUCUCCAUGCGCUCCCCGCGUUCGUGUUCUCCGUAUCCGUGCGUCCCUCACCCACCGGCACAUGGCGUGGCGCAUACGGUGCGCGCUAGCCAAAACCCAAAAUGUAAAUGGGAGGAGCUGCGCCUCGCUAGAGCAUUGAGACGCCCGCUGGAUCUGGAUGGGAGGGAGGCCGAGCCCGCGCAGGAUACGCUGGGGACGCGAGUAGUGGCGUCUGAGUCUGCGUCUGCAUCUGAAGCCCCGCCCACACCUACGUCCACAUCCACAUCCACGUCCACAUCCACGUCGCCCGUAGCAAUAAUCCCCAUCCCCGAAACGCGCGCCUACCUCCGCAAACUGCGCUCGCGGUCCCUCGCCGCCCUCCAGCUCGAAGGCCACGCGGCAUGUCCCCCGCCGCACGUCCCGUCCCACUUGCCUUCCCGACAACGGUCGCAGCACCGCAAGACGCGCGUGCACUCGGAUACGGAUACGCGCGCGCUGGCGCAGCGUCCGCGGUUGUCUGUAAUGAUACCCGUGGCGAUACCCGUGUUCACGCCGUCCAUUUUUCUCGCGUCUCCGCCUCUAUCCGCCUCGCCUCUGUCGUCCUCGCCGGCGUCGUCCCCGCCUGCGUACUCCCCGUCGUCCCCGUCGUCGCGCAGAAGCACCAGCAGUACCAGUAGCAGCAGCAGCAGCAGUAAUAGCGGCACCUCGCAGCCCCCACCGACCCCGCCAUCGUCAUCGUCAUCGCCACCCGAUACUCACACUCGCAAUCGCAAUCGGACUUACGCCGUCGCCGUCGACGAUGUCCGCAUCGCGGAGGACCCAGUGCGUGCAUCGCGGUGGGAGAGGCGGCCCGCCGAGACUAUCUCGAACCGUCGACUCGGACUCGGACUCGGACUCGGAAAUGGAAACGGACUCCCGAAACGCCUAUCCACUGAAGCCCUGGCUAAUGGAGCUUUUAGCAGGACAGAUCUAUGGUUUUUUUGUCACUGCCUCAACGAGGAAACCCUCAUUCAUGUACUUAGUCUCAGCGCGCGCGGUCAAAGUCAAUUGUGA